UUACUUUCUUUGUCGUGCUUAAGGCAUAAUGAACAUGAAUUCUUACGUUACAGCUUGUGAUAUUUGCUUGAAAGAGUUUAGAACGACUAACGCACUAUCAAAGCAUAAAUUGGUAAAGCACCAACAAGAAAUAAUAGGUCAACCAUGUUUUCGCAUUGGAGGAACACCGUUAACGCUACCUCAACCCAAAGUGACUAACAUUUCAGGAUUUUCUGCAUGGAUGAGCGCUCUUGUUGAAAGUAUCAACUCCAGUCUUAAUCCUAAAGCAGCUGGGCGGUKGUUCAAGGUAACUAGAGAGUUCUGUCCGAUUGAGUACUUGGAAACAAUACUCUAUUAUACACCGAGCACUGUGGCGAAUCAAGUAAAGAGAGUCAAGCACUUAAAACAGCCCGUUUGGAGAAAAUUGGCAACUAAAAUCUCGUACAAAUGCUAUUCUAUCGUGGAAGUUAGAACGGCUUUGAACACUMAUUCGGCAAUAUCGUUGGUCGAAAACCAAGCUUACUAUGGAGAUGAGGAAUGCGAAGAUGUUAGAAUGUCCAGAMGGCAAUUGAUAGCUCUAACAAAAGCCCAAGUACGAGGAGAGGCAACUCCGCAAAUGCCUACUUUUCGAUCGUCAAUGAUUGUGGGCCGCGGUGAAGGAAGAGCGACCAGAGAAUUUGAGAUAAUCUGGUGGCCAGAUCUGUAUUCUCACGUGGCACACUGUGGAAAACUGGAACUAAGAUACUACGUGGCAAAACGAGCUGUUAUGUUGUGASAAAAAAACUUAUUCUAGUUAAGAUGUAUCCAUUUGUAUUUCACGAUUUAUAAAUUAUCAACAAAAACACACUUGAUCCAUUUUUUAAAGUUUCAAAUACGGUAUGUUGGAAAACCUCUUUAAAUAUUCCUGCGUUGCUUGUGUAUAUCAUUUACAUAUUAACAGAACAGAGCAGAAUCUUCUAUUGAACCGGGAACUGUAAAUUAUAUUAUUCUAAAAAACAACUUGAUUAAAAUUGACUAUUACGCAUAACUUAAAUAUGACUAUAACUUAAAUAUAACUAUUAUAUACGAUUGACUGGUAAAUCACAGCAAUAGAAUUAUUGAUUUUAGCAAUCAAUCAAAACAACAGGGUAGKGCGUCCUUUGUAAUSCGAACAAACACAACGAUUAGAAGCGAUUGAAGUUUCCUUACAAGUCUGAAAUACUUUCGUAAGAUAAAUGACUAUAGAUUUUGCUAAAUCCGCAAAAAAAAGCAACAACAACAAAACAAUGCCGAAAACAAUGCCGGUCGAAUAGUAUUUUGAGUUCAUUGACCGCCAGCCGGUCAAAUGGACACAGCGUAACACUGUUUGCGCGUAACACUGUUUGCCGUUUUAUUACUUGUGGAUAUAAGAUAAGUAAAGAUGAAUUUUAUCCGAAUACAAUUCAUUCUAUAUAUAAAGACUUCCACAUUUUUCUAAUAUACAAUAUUUCCGUCUUUUUCCUUCCUAGUUAAUGAUUAUUUAGGGGUUUCAAAUUAAGUAUUUACUGCAGUUAUGCUUGGCGUACUUUAGCCACUAAUCCUUUAAGUAAGUUGAUGACAGACAUAUGAGAUUUCUUAUGACGCCCCAUCUUUAAAUACGUGACAACAUCUAGAGGUAGAACGAGCAUUAUGUUACAUAGUCUAUUGAUCAAGCCGGUUGGCACCCUAUUGGGAUAGGGGCUAUCAUAGGCCCUAACCGGUAGGGUGCCAAAAUCCUAACUCUCAUGACUCUC